AUGAAUGUGUGCAUAUGUGACUCAUACGAAUAUUUAGCCAAAAGUGGAAUCUACAGCAAACAGUUCUCCCUCAGCCAAAACAAGCACAGCAGCGAAAGGUUGCAGAGACUUGAAAAGAGACUGAGCGGGCUACACUUCAGCAUCGAAUUGCAGAAAAAUGAAAAGAUUGACAAACUAAACGAGAAGAUCAAUCUGCUGGAGGAGAAACUGGUAGAAAUGAACGAAAACUCAAAUAGGACCUUCGAAAAAUUAAAUGAAAAGCUGAACGACAUCAGAGUGGACGUCAAUAAUUACAAGACUGAUCUGGAAGAGUUCAAAAAUGACCACAGGAAAAAAUUAGAAAUCCUCCAGAAGAAGGCUGAAGAAUUCAUAGACAAAGAAAAGGAAGAAUGGAACAAACUCAAAAUAAAACUAAUAAAAGACUUUCAAAAUAAGACUAGCUUAUUGAAGGAGGAAAUGACUGAGGAGUAUGGACUGUUGCAAGAAAAGGAAGAAUCGCUCAGAAGAUUUUACGACAAUGAAAUUGCGAACCUCAAAUCGGUUGUUCAAGAUGAAAUAAACGAGAGAAUCAAAACAGAAAAGAUUAUGCUACGGGACGUCGAUGAUAAAGUGAACGAAAUUAUUAAAAUAAUUAAAAAUGAGAAAAUCACGAGGUAA